GAUGAGGGACUAUAUCCCACCACUUAUCUUCAUCCGGCUAGUCAGGCUGUAGAUCGCGCCGAAGCGAACCGGUUCUCAACUUCUCACCUGCAGAAUGGAGAUAUUCGGAGCCCCGGAGCAUACGUAAGUCUCCUUCAAUAGUGCCAUGAAGAUAACGAACGAUGCUCCAUCGACCUCAGCUGAGAACGAGAGGGAACACCCAAUGCCUUGUCCACGGAAACGAGACGCGUGUAACAGCAUCAUGGCGAGAGAAAAAGCUAUAUAAAGGCGGUCGUUGACCCUCGAGAGUACCUCGAAAGAUACCCAGAGAUCACACAUCAACCACUCCAGCUCAAACCAUCCAUCCCCCAUCCAAACUCCUCAGCAACUUCAAGAUGAUGACCAAGGUCCGCAAACACCCUUCCCGAUCGUCCCCACCCCUACAUCCCAAGCCUCCCUUUCUCCCCUCAAUCUCAGCCCUACUGACCCUCGACCCCCAGACCCUCGCCCUCGUCGCCACCACCCUCGCCGUGGCCGUCACCGCCAACCCCACCGUGGGCUACGCGGGCUACUUCUACGAGAACUGCACCACCCCCAGCAUCGACGCGGGCAACGCCUACGCGGGCUCGUGCCUGAACGUCGAGAACUUCCCCAUCAAGUCGUUCACCGCGUACGUUGAGUCCGGCAGCUGCGCCGACGGCACCUCGGCCGUGCUGCACACCUACACGGCCUCGGGCUGCGACGAGUCCACCCUGUACGAGACCGUCAGCGUCGACACCGAGAAGCAGUGCUUCGAGGCGGAUGUGACCCUGGUCAGCAUCAAGUCGGAGUGUGUUUAGACGGGCUUGC